ACUAUAUCGCACAGUUUACCUCCAGUCAGGAGGACGUUCGGUGUCUUGGCUACCUUCAUUUCAGUGGAGUCUGGCUGAUAAGGAAGUAUUCUGUCGGCUCUACGACAGUAGGUAUAAGCGAGAGUCUUUGGGCUAAUCGGAGUCGGUCUCGCAAGAAGGAGUAUAUGAGUCGUGGGACCAAGAUGGGCGAGAUGAAGAUUACCCGCAGGCCAGAGGUUCGGACGCAGGUUACUACUCCACCGACAAGAACCUAUCAUACUCUCUCAAUAUGUCGACCUCUAUCGACUAUGACAGCAAAAAAGAAGACCCCAGUGCCUACUACGCUCAGGAGGGUGUGGUCGAACCCGUCGUCCUGGAGGAUGCCAAUCCAGCUACGCAGCACUAUGCAGUGAAACGGGUCAUGACCACCCGGCAGAUCCAGUUCUAUGCGAUUGGAGGUACUAUUGGGACAGCUGUGUUCGUUUCGAUCGGUGCCAACCUUCUCAAAUCGGGACCGCUGUUCUUGCUAUUGGGAUACAUCAUCUGGUGCUCCGUCAUCUACUGCGUAAACGAGGGUCAGGGGAUCAUGGUCUCCCGGAUCGCUCGUGAAUCCGCCUUUACCCGGUUCGCGACGAGCUACGUCGACGAGGCUUUCGGAUUCGCAACCGGUGUCAACUAUUUCAUCCAGACGUGCUCGUUGUUAUGCUUCGAGGUGACUGCCUUGCAUGGCGUCAUCGGGUUCUGGUAUGAGCUGCAUCCCGCCAUCAUGCCAUGUAUCUGCCUGGUCGCCUACUUUUCGCUGCACGUCUGGUCUUCCCGUUGGUUCGCAGAAUCCGAAUUUUGGAUCGUUCUCGGCAAGAUCGUCUUGAUGAUCAUGCUGUUCAUGUUUACCUUUGUUACCAUGGUCGGAGGCAACCCCUUGAAAGAUGCCUACGGUUUCAGGUACUGGAAGAACCCUGGACCCAUUUCGGAGUUUUACGGGACUGGACACUCAGCCCAAUUGCGCGCUUUCCUCGCCUCCAUUUUGGGAGCCGCUUUCGCCGUAGCUGGACCGGACAUGUUGAGUCUGAUCUCUGCCGAGGCUAUCAACCCCCGAAAAGUCUUGCCGGGAGCUUUCAGGAGUGUCUAUGUCCGACUCAUCAUCUUCUUCCUCGCCUCAGCUCUCGCUGUUGGUAUCGUUGUCGGCUCGGAGGACGAAAUCUUGACGAACGCUGUAGCCAAUGGACUGCCGGGUGCGGGAAGGUCUCCUUAUGUCGCCGCCAUGACCAGGAUGAAGAUUGGGGUUUUGCCACAUAUCGUUAACGCCGGUAUUGCCAGCUCUAUCUUCUCGGCCGGAUCUGCUUUCCUGUUUGGAGCUUCCAGGACUUUGCACGGUCUGGCUCUUGACGGUUAUGCGCCCAAAUUCCUGCGCAAGACCAACAAGAACGGUGUUCCCCAUCGCACGGUCUUGGUCGUCCUCGCCGUCAUGUGUUUAUCGUUCCUCCAGGUUUCGGCGGGGUCCACCGUCGUCCUGGACUGGUUCAUCAACAUCUCGACCAGUAGUCAGAUCGUCACCUGGAUGGCCAUGAGCGUCACAUUCAUCCGCUUCCACAAGGCUUGCAAAGUCCAAGGAGUCUCAAUGGACGACAUGCCGUAUCGAUCGAGAUUACAACCCUAUGCGGCUUGGUACGCGCUGUCGCUCUCUUCGGUCGUCCUCCUCAUCAACGGAUACCCUGUCUUCCUGAAAGGUGGCUGGUCCACGCCUGACUUCAUCUUCGCAUACGCCGCCCCCAUCAUCUUCAUCAUUGCUUUCAUUGGUUGGAAAGCGAUCCAUCGCAAGCGCUGGGUCAAGUCGAGCGAAGCUCAGCUGUACGAAGGACUGGAAGAAAUCGAAGCGCACGAAGAAGAACUGGCGUUACUUGGUCUCGAUAAAGAAAUCAGUAACAAGUGGUAUCACCGUUUGACCAGGUGGUUGUUCUAGAAGAAAGUUUGGACCGCAGAGCUUAAUAUUCUCGCCGUUGUUUUCGAGCCAACUGUAUUACCAAGAUGAGCAUUUCCAUACCUGCGCAGGCCCGGUAUUGCACACCUCCAUUCGGC